GAAAUACCUAUCAUCAUCAUAACCAGAUCAUUUCCCAUAUAGCCAUCAAAGCCCAAUCUGGCAAUCUCGUGUUCUUCCAGAUUCUCCAUGAAUCACUAUAAACAUCAGCACUCCCUUUCCGACCGAGGGACAUGUAAAUAGACAUACAUAGAUUACUUCCCUCCUCUCUCUCUAAAGCCGAUAUCUGUUGCACCCAUCUCCCAAAUUCGUGAUUCUUCCAAUAAAUCCCUCUGCCUGAUUUCGUUUUCUCAAUUUUGUGAUUGACUAGCUGAUGAGGAAGAGGGAGCGAGAGAACCCAUGUGGGGUUUGCGGCCACUAUCACAAGUAUGAGGAAGGAGAGGUUUGUGGGAUUUGCGGCCACCGGAUGCCGGAAUCUGCUGAGAAAUCUCCGCUUCAUUUUAGUGCUUUCCCUUCUGAGAUCCUCCCGGAGUUCCUCUAUUUGGGAAGUUACGAUAACGCCUCUCGCUCUGAGCUCCUCAAAACCCAAGGGAUUUCUCGCGUUCUCAAUACAGUACCAGCUUGUCAAAAUCUCUACAAGAAUUCUUUCACCUAUCAUUGCCUCCAAGAUGACAAAACUUUACAAUUUGAUGACGCAAAUCAAUUUUUAGGGCAGUGUGAGAAGGAUAAGGCUCGUGUGCUUGUGCACUGCAUGUCUGGAAAAAAUAGGUCUCCAGCUAUUGUGAUAGCUUACUUGAUGAAGUCCAAAGGAUGGAGGCUUGCACAAAGUUACCAGUGGGUGAAAGAGCGGAGACCAGCUGUUGACUUGACCCAAGCUGUGUACCAGCAGUUACAGGAAUACGAGCAGAAAAUUUUUGGGUCAGCUGAUGGCAACAACCCUUCCGUGCCAGUAUUCCCACAUGCAGGAGUGCCAUCCUUUAGCUUUGGGUUUCCAAAGGUUAAUGAUCCAGUUCCUGUUCUUGUUCCUGCUUUCAACAGCAUUGGCACGACCUCCAUUUUUACACGUUCUCUGGAGAUUCCUCCUCAAGAGUUCCAGUUCGGAGCUGGCCGUCCUCAACAUAAUUUAUCUGAGAGCCCUUUCACUGUCAAUCCACAGAACCCAAAUGGCGGAGACAUUCCCAUGGAUUCAUAAAAUUUCAGCAUUUCAGACAAUGAGGUCAAAAAGUGUACAAGUUUUCAGAAGUUUGAAACUGCAAAUGACAAUCUUUUGCUUUGUGGGAUACUUUUGUUUUGCCAAAUGAGAUAUAGGAAUGAUGUUCUAGUGCAAAAGUAGAGCUUCCAUCGUGUAAUACACUCUGGUUGCUGGAAUUGUAUUGUAUUUGCUGCUGCUUGCAAGUAUAGGAUGGAUGGAUGCUCUUUUUAUUAAAUUCUCCACAAGCUGAAGUGGCACAUACCUAUUCAAUAAGAAUCAUACGUCUCUUCAAAACUAUUUUGUGGGACUCUUUA